AUGCCUUCCUCUAGCAAGAAAAAAAAUGUUAAUUUAGUCCUGGUUGCCGACAGCCAAAAUAGCCUGGAAGCCCUCACGGAAUUAGUGAAAAAAAAAAAUGCUCUUCAUUGUGACCUUUCAGCAGUCUACAAAGCGGUGGGAAAUUUAAACAGUUUUGCCUUGGAUUUAACAAAAAUUACUAAUAGCCAGGUUUUAAUUUUUGGCUAUCAACCUCCUCAAUCUCAAAUAAAAACAUUAAAAGAAAAUAAUAUUUCAUUUUUUAGUAGUAAAAUUAUCUAUGAAAUUGGGGAAAAAUUGGACCAAAUUAUUGAUAGUCAACAAGAAAUAGAAGAAGUUGAGGAAAUAGUGGGAACAGCAAUAGUAAAA